AUGGGGAGCCAUGACCGAGCGGUCCGGAACCUCACGAAUCAGAUCCUCUCCAACAAGGAGGACGUGGCGAAGUGCCAGGAGCGGCUUGGAGAGAUGGCUGGCAAGCUGGAGGGCCAGAAACGGGAUCUCGGCUUGCUGCGCAUCGCGGGCAGUUGGAAGAGUGCUGAGCACGCCAGGGUGGCAGAAGAGAAGCGCAGUCUCAGUUUGGAGGAGCAGGACCUGAUCGAGGAAGUCGAGGGACUAAAGCAGGCACUUGAGCGAUCGAAGUCCAGAGCGGUUCGGGCCCCUCGUGCUUCCGGCGAGGGUUCGCUGCCGCUCGAGCUUCUCCUGCCCCGACGCCUGGCAAGGCUCCGAGAACGCGUGCAGCUCUGGGAGGAUCUCAUCCGAUUCCGCCAGUACCGCCUGGACCAACUUCGCGAGCAGGCCUUGGCGACUCAGCUUCAAAGUGAGCGGCUCCGUGCGCAGGCCGCGCAUCUCCGUGAGGAAGCGGCACGACUGCGUGCCGCCCGCCAGCGAGCCGACGAGGCGCUGUCGGUGGCCAAGGAGGAAGUGCGCUGGGCCCGGAGUUGCAGGAGGUACGCAUUCUUUCUGCCGGUGCUGUCCUCCUUGCUGACUUCACUUUGGUGGUGCUACGGAUGA